AUGGGAGGCUUCUUCUCGACCCCAACCCUCCCCCCGGCGGAAAAGACCCGCACGCCAUACAUCUCAGCCCGCAUCUCCGCGUCCUCGGACAAACUCGACAUCACACCCACGGCCGGGACCCCGCUCACCCUCACCAUCGAACACACGCUCAACCACCCGCACCCGAUCACCUUCCUCCCGCCCCUCGGCUCCGGCCUCUUCGCCAAGUCCGGCAUCUUCCGCGACGAGGGCCUCACCUUCACCGACACCGCCUCCGGCGAGCGGGUCCCGCGCGGCCGCAUCCACAUCUGCACCAUGGGCAGCGAGCCGGAACAGCCGUUCUCGAAGAAGACCCAGGACCGGUGGGUGACGCUGUACCCGGGCACGCCGCACCGCGUCGAGGCAACGUUCGAGACCGUGUUCAAGCACCCGUUGUGGCUGCCCAACGGGACGGAUACGACGCCGCCGGCGUACGGAUCGCAGCCGAAGAGGUUCAUGUGGCUGCACGUGGGCGGGCUCGAGGACGGGAAGACGUACCGCGUCGGGGUCAGCGAGGGGGCGGGGAUCCGGGGUUGGCACGAGGGCAGCAAGGAGGAUUUCCUCGGGUGGUGGAGGAAGAUGACGGACGAAAACCGCCGUCAUGACGCGGUUGAGUAUCGGGUCGAGGAGACGGUCUCGUUUACUGUCAGCCGGCCGGACGAGGAUGGGAGUCUGACGUACUUGUUGUCGUGA